ACUUGUUGUCAUAGACUUGUAUGUUGUCAGUUGUGGCAUUUGAAUAAAAUUUAGAAAAAACAGAAAACAAUUUAUUAUGAACAUUGUUUUAAAACAUAAAUUAAUGUUCGCUUAGAUAUUACCUUAAGUGCUAAUUUCCACAGCAUCAUACAAACAAAAAUGUCCGAAAAAGACAAAGGAAAAGCCAACACGCAAAUCAAACAUGUUCCAAAAGAUGCACAAGUUAUCAUGUCGAUUAUGAAGGAGGUGGGCAUUACUGACUACGAGCCUAGAGUCGUAAACCAGCUGCUAGAGUUCACGUACCGAUAUGUGACCUCAAUACUGGACGACGCGCGAGUCUUUGCUAACCAUUCGAAGAAGAAAGCUAUUGAUUUAGACGAUGUAAGAUUAGCAGUUCAAGUCCAAGUAGAUAAGUCAUUUACCAAUCCACCGCCUAGAGAAGUGCUUCUAGAGGUAGCUAGAGUGAAAAAUGUUACCCCGUUGCCUUUGAUCAAGCCACACUGCGGCUUAAGGCUGCCACCAGACCGUUACUGUUUGUCAUCGUGCAACUACCGUUUGAAGCCGGCCACAAAGAAAGUGGCGCCAAAAGCUAUCCCCGCCACUCCCACAGUUAAAACUGUCACCUCCAAACCACCGGUCAACCAGAAUGUGGUGGUAAAGAGACCUCCAGGGGCCAUCGUCAAUGUGACAGCCAAGCCCAAUGUUGUCCCCAAACCUGUGCUCAAAUUCACAUCUAGUACUAAGGUGGUUGCCAAACCUGCGGUGAGGGUAACAGCCGGUCCCUCCGCUCUGCCUGUCAAGAUGGAGGUUGAUGAAGUGUCACAGAAGAGAAAACGCGAGGAUGAUGAUUACGACAUGUAGAUUUUAACUUGGUAUUAUUUAAGUGUAAAUUGUGUUUUUAUGGGCUUUUAUUUUAUUGAAUUAAAUAUUAUUUGUAUUUUUA